AUGGCCAUGGGCCUCAACAAGGGCCACAAGGUGACUAAGAACACGAGCAAGCCGAGGCCCAAACACUGCCCGGGGCGCCUCACCAUGCACACCAAGUUCAUGCGGGACAUGAUCCAAGAGGUGUGCAGCUUUGCCCCAUAUAGUGAGCAGUGAACCAUGGAGCUGCUCAAGGUCUCUAAGGACAAGCACAUUCUCAAGUUCAUCAAGGAAAGGAUGGGGACACACGUCCAUGCCAAGAGGAAGAGAGAGGAGCUGAGCAAUGUCCUGGCAGCAAUGAGGAAAGCAGCAGCCAAGAAGGAUUGAACCCCUCUCCUCUGUAUGUAAUAAGGCCUUUUUGGA